GACUCAGUUCCAGUAUCUGUCUCUGAAGCUAGGAUAGCAGGUGCUGCUCUAGCACCACCACCAGUGGCAGGCUGUGGAGUCUUCUGGAGACUAGGUGGGACAUGUUGGGACUUGUGUCCAGAUGAUUUUACCGUCACAGUGGUGGGCUGCGGGUCUUCAUUCUCACUGCUUUCAUUAGUUGCAUCCUUCUCUUCCUCCUGCCCCUUAAUCUCAGCCUCAUCAGAAUCCUGGUGGGGUCGGGGACGCAACCUUCUGGUUGACCUCUGCACUCCUUCCCACACAGCAGCAACUGGGCCCAUCCUAAUGCUCAGACUAACAGUCUCCACAGAGCUGCAGUGGGUGGAAGUCCUCUCUGGAGAGACUGCAGGGAGGACGAUGGGGUGCCCAGAUAUGCCCCUUCCUCCUCCUGUAUAUGAAUACAGAGUUUACUCAGUGACACAGCCUAGUACUAGCAGAUAAUGGUGC